UCUUUUUUUUUUCCCUCUCCUCUCUUCUCUCUCCUCUCGCUCUCUCUCUCUCGCUCCAUUAGGAUCCACUGAACGAUGCGAUCUCUGGGAGCAGCCGCUGUCGCCGCCGCCACCGCCCGCUAGAAACCUUCCCCCCCCCUUCCCCCCUUCCCCACCGCUUGCAAAGCCCCCAAAGAAGAGGGAAAAAAGGGAAUAAAAAAGAGAAAGAAGGGGAGGGGAUGCCAAUACUAAUCACCAUCCUAAUAAUCCUCUCUAGCCGAAUGGAUCCACCCUGCCCCCCAUCCCCAUCCCAUCCCCACCCUCCUCCGGCUCUCUGGCUCCAUCGAGCGCCUCUGCCCCUUAUUUUUAUUUUUAAUUUUUUAAAUAUUUUUUAAAAAUAAUCUCGGUGUCCCGCAGCCUAGCGCUGCGCAGCUGCUGCUGUUGCUGCUGCUGCUGCUGUUGCUGCUGCUUCCUCCUGCCGCUGCCGCUGCUCGGAUCCCCGGCGGUGGUUGCCUCUUUUCGGAUGCGUUGCUUGCAAGCAGCGGAGAGAGACCCGCAACCCUGUCUCUAGAGCUACCAAACCCCAGCCCCCGAAUCCAGCCUCCUUCUGCAGGUGACCGGAAAAGGGGGGGCAGUAGCCUGAAAUCCACCUUGCGAAUUUUUGGGGGGAGGGGCUUCAUUUUUUAUUGUGUUUGGGGGAACUUGAUUUCUUUUUAAAAGAAAAAAAAAUACAAGAAAGAAGGAAAGAAAAUUAGCGAAUUUUUUUAAAGGACAGAAAUAAAUAUUUCUGGGGGGUGGGGGGGGGUCAAGCCGAGCAGGGGAACCGUGCCAGCCGAGGCCGUGCGGGCUGUUUGGGGUGUCACGAUGGGAUGUCCAUUGAGCGCAGAGGAGAGAGCCGCCUUGGAGAGGAGCAAAGCGAUUGAGAAAAACCUCAAAGAGGAGUGGCAUCAGCGCCGCAAAGACGUGAAAUGUACUCUUGCUGGGGGCUGGAGAAUCAGGCAAAAGCACCAUUGUGAAGCAGAUGAAGAUUAUUCAUGAAGAUGGUUUCUCGGGAGAAGACGUGAAGCAGUAUAAGCCUGUGGUCUAUAGCAACACUAUCCAAUCCCUGGCAGCUAUUGUCCGUGCCAUGGACACCUUGGGCAUUGAAUAUGGUGACAAGGAACGAAGGGCUGAUGCCAAGAUGGUGUGUGAUGUGGUAAGUCGGAUGGAAGACACAGAGCCCUUCUCUCCGGAGCUGCUCUCCGCCAUGAUGAGACUCUGGGCAGACUCCGGAAUACAGGAAUGUUUCAACCGUUCCCGAGAAUAUCAGCUUAAUGACUCUGCCAAAUACUACCUAGACAGCUUAGAUCGAAUUGGAGCUGGGGACUACCAGCCCACAGAGCAAGACAUCCUCCGAACCAGGGUCAAAACCACCGGCAUUGUAGAAACCCACUUCACAUUCAAAAACCUCCACUUCAGGCUGUUUGAUGUCGGGGGCCAGAGAUCUGAACGCAAGAAGUGGAUUCACUGCUUCGAGGAUGUCACAGCGAUCAUCUUCUGUGUCGCGCUGAGUGGUUAUGACCAGGUGCUCCAUGAAGACGAAACCACGAACCGCAUGCAUGAGUCUCUCAUGCUCUUCGACUCCAUCUGUAACAACAAGUUCUUCAUUGAUACCUCCAUCAUUCUCUUCCUCAACAAGAAAGAUCUAUUUGCCGAGAAGAUCAAGAAGUCACCCUUGACCAUCUGCUUCCCUGAAUACACAGGCCCUAACACCUAUGAAGAUGCAGCCGCCUAUAUCCAAGCACAAUUUGAAAGCAAAAACCGCUCACCCAACAAAGAAAUUUACUGUCACAUGACUUGUGCCACAGACACGAAUAACAUCCAGGUGGUAUUCGAUGCCGUCACCGACAUCAUCAUUGCCAACAAUCUCCGGGGAUGCGGCUUAUACUGACCUCUUGUCCUGUGUAGCAACUUAUUUGAAUGCUUCCCGGAUUCUCUGUCCCGUUGGCGUUGAUCCACUGGUAGCAUGACCUUUGGCCUUUCUUUCUCAAGUCCAUGUGUAAUGUACUGAGCCUGGAAGGAUGGCUGUGUGUCUCUGUAGAAUGCUGUAGCAUCUGGUUUUAGCUGAGUCUUUACAUUUAGAAGCCCAACAAAAACAAAACAAAAAAGGACCCCCCCACCCCAACAUUUCUCAUGUGCUUUGUAGCUAAGAAAGGACAUAUCCUAUUCUUUCAGCUUCCACCCCCAUCCUCCAUCCAGUCCCCAUUUUUUUUUAGAAUUUACACACUGCCCCACUACUCAGCCUGGGUAGAGAGGGGGCAGCAGCAGCAGCUGCCGGCCUCAGCUUGACAUUUUCAUUAACAUAGGAGCUGAGCUUUGGGGUGAAUUCUCAGAGCCUCAGAGGCCUUGGCUCAGCUAGAAUGAAUGAGAUCCCUGCAGACCACUGUCCAUCAGGCAGUGUUCCCCUCCCCUCCCCCCCCACCUCCCGCCCUUUCAGGGGCAUGGCUGACCCUUUCAGGUCCCAUUCCCAAGGCAGAUAGAUGCCUGUCAUUCACCCUGCAGGUAUGUAUAGAAAAAGCACAGAGCUCACCGGCUGGUAGCUGCCAACAAGUACAUAUGUUUAUAUUUUCUCUCUCCCUAGUUUCCUCCCAUACUUUUUAAAUUUUCUUAUCUGGACUUUUUUUUUGUCCUGAUGAAUACUGUGUAUCACAUGCCAAGAGAGGCUUCUAAGCGUUUUAGGGGAUCUUGGGGUUUCAUUUUUUUUAAAUUUUAAAACUUUUUUUUUUAAGUUCUUAACCUUUCUAGUGAAUGCUUUUCUUUUGUGCUGUUCUUCCUUCUUCCUCCUUUGUUUUUAGUGGAUUGUGUUUUUCUCUCUCAUGUGGAGAUGUUUGUGCUGCAGAAACAGAACAAAAAUUAAAAACACAAAAAAAUUUUUAAAACACCACAAAACAGAAAAAAAAAUCCUACACACACGAAUUUAAAAAAAAUCGAAUGUAGUGUUUACAUCAAAGCCACCAUUUUCAUGUCCUUUGUCAUUUCUACUUUGAUUAGUAACCAAACCCCUUGACCUCUUCACAAUUUCACUUUUAAGACAACUUUUGCGACAGAACCAGUCACAGACAUUUCAAAUAAAGAGGAAGCAACCAAAACAAAAACACACAAACACACACACACAAACUUUAAAAAAAAAAAAAGGAAAAAAAAAAGAAAAAAAAGCCCAUGGGUCUUUCUAAGCCUUUCUAUUCCCAAUCAGUGAGGUUUCUGUGAUUAUCUUACACACUGCCAGUCUAUUUCUCUGACUAAUGGAAAAUUCAUGUGUAGCUCAAUAAAGAGAAUGUUUGUCUGUA